GGGUCUGGGGGAGGGGAGGGGCGCGCGGCGGAGCCCCCGCCCCUCCCCCGCGGGCCUCGGUUCUAACGACCCCGAGGGUCGAGAGCGGAAGGGAGGGAGAGAAGGUGGGAGCCCCGGCCUUCCUCGCUGGCCUCCCUCCCAACCCCACACCGUCCAGCCCCAUGGUCCCCGCCGCCGGCGCACUGCUCUGGGCCCUGCUGCUGAGUCUGGGGUCCCGGGCGGCGGGGGCCCAAGGCCUGACUUCGACCGCCACCGCCACCGCCACCGCGACGCAGCGGGACACUUUCCGCUUCGGGGGCCCUAUGACCCACAGCUACCGGACCACUGCCCGGAGCCGUGUUACCCAGAAAAUAAGGGUAACAAUGGAGGAUGAGGAUGACAUUGUGGCCGCGGCCGACCGCAUGGCAGGCCCGGCUGCUGCCGAGCUCUUGGCCUCCACGGUGUCCACAGGUAGCCGGUCGCGUUUGGCGGAGGAGGAGGAUGGGUCUUUGGAAGAAGGAGUAGUAAUUUACACCAGAAAGAAUGACACUGGCUCGGAGACUUCCAGUACGAUUCCCACCCGAGGGUUUGCAGCGAAUGGCCAUGAUUCUGAAAACACAAUGAGUUCAAGCCAGCCGCCCUCCACCGGGAAGACCGCUGCGGAUCAGCCGUUCUCCGACAGCACCCGGAGCCAAUGGUCAACAGCAAGGUCCUCCUCGAACCCGUGGCCACCGCCCUCGCCCACAGCCAUGCCAGCUCCCGAGGAUCUGCAGCUGGUGCUGGGGCCCUGGGGCCCGUGGCACUGCCACUGCAAGUCAGGCACCAUGAGCCGGAGCCGGGGCGGGAAGCUGCACGGCCUUUCCGGGCGCCUCCGCGUUGGGGCCCUGAGCCAACUCCACACUGAGCACCGACCUUGCACCUACCACAUAUGCCCCUGCAACCGGCAACGGGAGGAGUGCCCCCUGGACGCAGGUCUCUGUCCUGACACCAGCUGCACCACUCAGACCACCACUAAGGCCACCACCACCACCACCACCACCCCCAUUCCUCCCCUGGUCACCAGGCUCAGACCCACCCCCUUCAUCCCCAGCCCCAGCCCCAGGUACAGCUCAGCCCUUGCUUUUUGGAAACGGGUCAGGAUUGGGCUGGAGGAUAUUUGGAACAGCCUCUCUUCAGUGUUCACAGAGAUGCAACCAAUAAACAGAAAUCAGAGGUAAUGGCCACUUCAUCCACAAGAGGAGGUGUCAGCAUCUCUACCUCUCCUCCCCUUUCAAUCCCAGCACCCACUGGAUAUUUUUAGUACAGAAAAACAAAACUAGGAAAAAAAAACCCAAAAACACUGUUUGGUCUUUUUGUGUCUUUUUACAGUGGUAUCUGAGAGAGAGAGAGACCAUAAAUCUCUGGACUCUUAAAAACUGA